CUUCUGCAUCGUUGGCAGAUCAGAUUCUUCUUCAAUCCACUCCAACUCCACUUUAUGGCCGCAAUUAAAAGGUAACAUAUUAUCUCCAAUCGCAACGCCAGUCGUCCAGAGAGGCCCUUAUCUCGCAGCCAGGAUUAUCCACGUGCUGGUGUUUGUGGUGCAGGUGUGGGGGUUUGGUUGAAUAUCCUCCGGUGGUCGUCGCCGCUCGAAACAUCCGCUUCCGGCGAAGAUUACUUUCACUCCGUACCACAGAAGGAGGGGAAUGAGAGUGGGGACACUGCUGGUUGGUUUGUUGAGGACCUGACUUCUACUACUACAUAUUACGAGUAACAGGAGUGUUGGAUUUGGUGGAAACAUCAGGUGAAGCAACUGGCAAUCUUGAAUAUUAAUAAAUGAAUGGAAACCCUUUACCGUGUGAGCUGACCUUACUAACAACAAGCAGUAAACGAGAAAUAGUAUUGUGAUAAAAAUAAGUCAUUACAAUGGCAAACAAUAAUGACGACUGUGCUCCACCACCCAUGAUGAUGAACAACGACCCUCCUCCAUAUUACUAUCAAGAAGAACAACAGCAGCAGCAGCAGCAAAACCAAUCCGAACGUAUUAGUGGGGAUGGCGAAGAAGUGUAUGGACAGUAUGGGUACACGAAUUUCAUUCGACAGGCGCCCCCAGUGAUGAUCCCACCAAUGCCUCCAUCAGCAGCGGCUGUUCUGCCACAACAGCUACAAGGACAAGUACAAGAAACUGGUUUUCCAUUUGACCCCACUCAACAACAACACCAAGGGCCCGAAGGUCAAGAGGCUGGGUACGGAUUUGACCCAGCUCAGCAACAACAACAGCAGCAGCAGCAUGUACCUGAAGGGCAGGAGGCUAGUUUUGGAUUUGAUCCUACUCUACAACAGCAAGUUCAACAUGUUCCUCUUGGUCUACCGCAACUGCCACCCAUUAUGGCGCCUCAAGGAGACUCGGGACCACCAUCAUCACAGGGACAGGGGCCAUUACCGGGGGCAAAUAAUGUUUAUGAACUUGAACGUGGUAACGAUCGGGAUCGCGAACGAGAUCGUGACCGUGACCGUGAUCGGGAUAGAGAUCGGAGUAGGAGAGAGUUUGAUACCUCCAAGGAGACGUACAAUAAUAGAUAUUAUCGUCGAGACUAUGACUAUGAUGAUGAGUACGACCGGCCACGUUCACGUAGUUCCUACCACGACGACGAGUAUUACAGUACGCGAAGAAGACGACGUGCAAAAAAUGAUUCCUAUCGAGCACGAGGUCCCCCAAGUGAAGUAAGAGGUCCUCCAAGUGAAUACAGCCAGUCACGAUCCCGUGGAUAUCAUCAAAGGGAUGUACGACCCCCACAUUACGGAGGCUAUAUGGACUAUCCACCACCAUCAUCCACACCCUACUCUGCCAGAAAUCAGUUUAUGAUACCUGGGGGUGCAGGUUUCGACCUGCAACAACCCCCAAUAGUUACUACGCAAGGGCAAUCGUUCAUAAUGUAUCUGGGCUACUUCCGCACUCAAAAUCCUGCCCAGUACAGGGAAUGGUACCACAAAUAUUUGGAACAUACUAAAGAUCCUGUCCGAGUUCCAUUUCCUCCUGUACCUGGAUAUGCUGGCAUUGGGAAACCUGCCGUUGGCACAGAAAAGUCACGACCCCCAUCAAUUUCUGGUCGGAGUUCUGUUGCUGAUGAAGCAAUUGGCCUUGACGACUCCAGAUUUAAAUCUAUUAAAGAGACUCGAGACCCAACUCCUCCUCCAUCACGAAAUACACCUCUAAUAUUUUCUAUUCCACAUGCCAUUGCUAAUUUUUCACCACUUGGCUACGUUAUUCGAAACCGAUACGGUAGUCCAAACAUGGAACUUGUCAGCCACAAGAGCCUUAUGAAACGCCAGCCAGAGUAUAGAGAGAUUAAAGCCUUUCCUGGACCGCUCAUCAAAGAUAUAACGCACAAAAACACUAUUAUACAAUUCUGUCAAAAGAAAAUCCGUGACUUGGAUUUAAAUGAUGAUCAACUAGAUCGAGAUAAUUUAAUUUUGUUAUGGGAAUUGCUUAUCCUACUACUACGUCAAAAUGGGUCCGCUAUUGGAUGUGAUAUUGCCGAACUGUUGCUAAAAUCAAAAUCGCCACGACAAUCUGUGAAUUCUAGUGGGAGUGAAUUAGGCUCAUCAGGUCGGUCCAGUGAUGAACAUGAUGAAGAUCCCGUCAGAAAUGGAAAACCUCUUAAUCAUAUUCAGAACUAUAGAUCUAAUGAUACUGAUGAAAGGUGUAUAAAGAUAUUUAAUCAAAAACUAAUGUUUGGACACAAACGAGAGGCCUUAGAAUAUGCUAUGGAUAACGGUUUAUGGGGUCACGCUUUAUUUUUUGCUUCAAAAAUGGACGAAAAGUUGCAUGGAACUGUGUUAGCCCGAUUCGCAAAUGAAACCAUGACCCUUAACAGUCCAUUACAAACGCUGUAUCAUGUAUUGAGUGGAAAACAACCCCCAUCAGUUACGUGUUGUGCUGAUGAAGCAUUUGGAGAUUGGAAACCCCAUCUGGCCAUGUUAUUGUCUAAUAUGGGACGCAGUCCUGAGUUUGAGGCCAACACGAUGAGAACAAUGGGCAAGACGUUGGCUAAUCGCAAGCUAAUAUUCGCAGCGCAGUUCUGCUACCUAAUGGUGGAAUCAGAAAUUGGAGAAGAUUUAGAAAUUGGGCCGCUUUUGGGAUACAACCCCAACCUUCGCAAUGUUUUAGAAGCAACUCAAAUGACGGAAAUUUACGAGUUUGCAAGAUCCUUAGCGAACCCCGACUUUUCUGUUGGUUUGUCAUUCGUUGAAAGCAAAUUCAAUUACACGAAAGAGCUAAUUAACUUUGGAUUCGUGCAAGAAGCUUACUCUUAUUGUGAAGAAAUGACGAAAUCAUUAAGAAGGCAAAAAAUACACGGAAAGGAGCAAGAGUUGGCCAAGAACAUCCUUGGUGUGGCAGAGCGAUUAGUUAAUUGUGCUUCUGGCGAACAAUUGUGGAUACAAGACCUUAGAAAAAUGGCGGAUCAAUUAGAUAGUGAGUCGACAUCAAGGAAGCUAAGUUUGGCUACGUCUACAUCGGAUCACAUUGAUGAUUCCAGUAUACAUAAUGUUCAUAUUAAUCACAUCCCUUCUUACACGGAUAACUCAAAUUCACAGCAUGAUGGUGCUCCUGAAAGUGAAAAUAAUAAUAGUGCACCAGCUACCACAAACUUUAGGUUGAAUGGCAAUAACGUCAAUUCUAAUCAAUGGGAUCAGCCACCUCCUAUUCAACCAUAUCCAUCUGUUUCAUCAUAUGAUCCAACGAAUAACCUGCUUCCAGAGAUUAGUAAUUUGCAUUUGCAACAACCGGCUCCAAAUUUUCAGUUAGGAAAUGGACCACUUCAUAAUAUCCCAGAUAAUAAUAAUUACUGGCCUCCUCCAGAGCCUUCUUCCAAGUUCAACUCUGGACUGGGUGAUCAUAAUUUCGGUGCUACGUCUUUAAAGAAGAAAGUGGUACGAUUUGAAGACCAAGAGUUAAAUGGUGACACAGUGCAGUCACUGAAAGCCAGACAACUAGAUAACUUAACGUCAAAGAAUAAUCCCCCACAACCUUCGUUUCACGAUCUGCCACAACAACCGCAGCAUCGUCAGCAAAUUUCCAAACCCCCACCACCUGUAAAAAAACAACAAGACAAAAAAUCUAGUGAUGGUCUUCCUAAAAACAACCAGCAGGAGAAAAAGAAGGGCUGGUUAAGUGGGAUUCUUGGUAGCUUUAUCAAAGACAAGAAUGCAAUGAUUCUUCCGGACGAUAAAAAUCCAACAAUCGUGUGGGACCAAGCAGCGCAAGUGUGGAAGAAUACAGCAGGCGACGACGAUGAAAGCUCUGCUCCCAAGGGCCCCCCACCUAAGGACUCGGAUUUGAUGGGAACCGGAGGGUCGGCCCCUUCGUCUUAUCCACCGCCUUAUCCAAAUAUGCAAAGCCAAAUGUCAAUGCCUCAACCAAAUUCGCAAAAUUCCUUGAACAACCACGGUCUUCCAAAUAAUCAACCUUAUUCCAUACAAAAUCAACCAAAUGCUCCUCAAAAUCAACAACCAAAUAUGGCUCAAAGUCAACCUACGAAUAACGUGAACGGGGGUCCUGCUAGUAUUGGUAGUAUUCAGGCCCCCACACCAGGUCCAAAUAAAUUUUUGCGACCCAAAGGCUUGAAACCCAGAAAUAAUUACGUAGAUGUAUUUAAUCCUAAUGCAAACGUCCAACCAAAGGCUGAAAUGCCGUCGUUGCCUGCUACGGCUGCUGCCCCCGGUAUGCUAAAUAUGUUUAUUCCCCCUCAAGUUCCAGCGGAUUCAGGCCCUACAAGUUUCUUAUCAGCCCAUGAAGGUGGAAACUAUGAGGAGGACACUAAUGCUCAAGCUACAGCUCCUCCCCCCAUGUUUAACCCUGCGCAGUUUCAAAAUCAAAAUAUACCCAACUACGGACUUAACGGAUAAUUUUCAAUUUUUGUGUGCAGCAGAUACAGCCGUGCAUCUCCUUAUUAUGGCCCGGCCUUAAGUGCUAUAUAUUUGUAUUCCCAAGAAUAGGUCAAUCAAUUCCAAGUCAAGACCCUUUACAUAUGAUACAUACAUAUUAUGGUGAUGAUAAGUUUGCAGAACUAUUAUUAGUGCAUUUGAAUUCGUCAUAUUAUUUUUUUGUUCCCCGGUAGAUUAAAUAACAAGCUUGCGAAGAACAAGUUAAUUUGAAGAAUAUAUAGUCUAUGUAGUAAUUUAAAUGUUGUUUUAUCAGGAACUGCAGCUGCGCAAAUGUUCAAACUCCAAUAAAUAUCGUCGUCUGCUUGUCAAAGAUUAGUUUAAUUUAUAGUAUUAUUGUAGCAAAAAUUUACUUGGUGAGUGGAAAGAUUUAUUAUCAUGAUGCUUUUUAAGGCUUGCUUCUGUGUAUAUCGAUAAUUAUGCUCAGUUUGAACCGUUUUCUCCACAACCACAAAACAGCAAGUGAUGAUAAGUGAUUUAACGUAUUUGUUAUAUACCUGAGUUAAAUUAAAUUGUAACACGUGGUAAUAACCCUAAGUUAAAAUUAUUGAAGUAAUAAAGAAACGUUAUAUAAUAUCA